AUGGCUUCAUUGAUGCAUUACGCUUCAUUACACUCAGAAAAUCCAGCAUACUCCUUCUCCGAAGCAUCAACGAUACCACAUAGUGAAGCCUCAGCGGGCCCAAGACAGCAUGCCUUUUACCCAUACACUGACAACGGCGGAUCAACACUAGGUAUCACAGGAGAAACCUUCGCCAUACUGGCAGGCGAUACCAGGUCCACGUCCGGCUACAACAUCAACACACGAUACGAGCCUAAGGUCUUCCGCAUAGGAGACGAUGAUUCUUCACCAAUAGUAUUAUCAGUGGUCGGAUUUGCAGCAGAUGGAAAGGCCUUGAAGGAGCGGCUCGAUACAAUCGUCAAGAUGUACAAAUACCAGCAUGGCAAGCCGAUGUCUGUCAAAGCGUGUGCCCAAAGACUGUCGACGAUUUUGUACCAGAAGAGGUUCUUUCCAUAUUAUGUGCAUGCCAUCUUGGGCGGAUUGGACGAAGAAGGCAAGGGUGCGCUUUACAGUUACGACCCGGUAGGAAGCUACGAACGAGAACAGUGUAGGGCUGCGGGUGCGGCAGCGAGCUUGAUCAUGCCGUUUCUGGACAACCAGGUCAACUUCAAGAACCAGUACGUUCCAGGAAGUGGCGAGGGUCUGUCUCUGAAGGAGAAGCCAAGAGAGCCACUGCCUCUGGACGCCGUGGUGGGCAUUGUGAAGGACGCUUUUACUAGUGCGACGGAAAGACACAUUGAGGUCGGUGACGGUCUACAAAUGAUUCUGAUAACCAAAGACGGGAUCAAAGAAAUGUUCACACCACUCAAGAGAGACUAA